AUGUCGGCCCUCUUAGAAUUCAUGUACAAGGGGGAAGUUCACGUUUCGCAGGAUUCCCUGUCUAGUUUUUUAAAAGCUGCGGAAUGUUUGCAGGUAAAGGGGUUGAGUAUCGAACACGAGAAACUUGCUGUUGCUCAGAGUCAUAAUAUAACGCCUAUGGACUCGGGAACAGAUUCGCCAGGAAAACAUAUUAAAGUACCAAAAGAAGAAAUCGACACACCAGUAUCCAACACCUCACACCACCAGUCCAGCCCGUCCCCAAGUUAUUCGCCAACGAUGUCUCCGUACAUGCACCCACAUCACUAUCGCCCGUACGAACCGCGGAUGGCGACUCCAGGAGCUCCGUACGGAGACAAUGCCAUGAAGAGGCCUCUGCGUAGUCCAAGCGAUCUAAUGCAAGACAACAGAGUUUCAGUGCUUCGAGAUGGAAGUAAAGCUGUAGGAAGACCGGGAUCACCGGGUCAGAUGUGCGCCUACAGGCCGUCUUCUUCUUUAUCGAAUUUACCCAGCCAACCGGGAGGGGAUAGUCCUCCGGAGAGCAGAUUCGACCCGGACCCUGCAACCGCUUUAAUAUGUCCAGAAAGCAAUACUUUAGAUAGGUUUCAGGAUCCGGGUUGUCCUGAGGGCGGGUAA